CGACACUAUAAUCAAAUCUAAUUCUGAUCCAAUUAUUCCCACAUCCCAUGUCCAUCCUUUAUUAGUAGAAUCUGUUCCCAUUUCACUGCCAGUUUCUACUAAUUAAGGUAUAAUGUUUCAGUUCGUCGGGUUGUUUCUUCACUUCCUUGACCAACUUCUUCUACUUUUCCCACUAAUAAUAAUCAUCAUCUUCCUCCUCCUCCGUUUCCUUCGAUCCAAUAACCCUGGCCAGAGGCGGCUCCCGCCGAGCCCGCCUGGGGGUUCCUUCCCCAUUCUUGGUCAUCUUAAUCUCCUCAAGAACCCCCUCCACCGCACCCUCGCAAAACUCUCCGCCAAACACGGCCCCAUUCUUCUCCUCCACUUCGGCUCCCGCCCCGUCCUCCUAAUCUCCUCCCCAUCCGCCGCGCAAGAAUGUCUAACCAAAAACGACAUUGCUUUUGCCUCCCGCCCUCGCCUCUCCGUCGGAAAACACCUUGGCUGCAAUUACACAAACAUCCUUUGGGCCCCCUAUGGACCCCAUUGGCGCAACCAAAGACGCAUCGCCACCCUCCAGAUUCUCUCACCCGCCCGAAUCCAUAUGUACGGUAGCGUGAGAACAGAGGAAGUGAAGUUCUUGAUUCGCAGGCUGUGCGGAGGCACUGGAGAAAAUGGGUUUCGAAUGGUGGAGAUGAAGAAGGUGUUUUUCGAGACGGUUCUUAAUGUGAUGAUGAGGAUGAUCGCUGGUAAGCGGUAUUGCGGGGAGAGAGAAUCGGAGGAAGCAGAGAGAUUCAGAGAGAUUGUGAAAGAAGGGUUUAAAGUGAGUGGGGCUACGAAUAUGGGGGACUUUCUGCCAAAUUUUUUGAAAUGGGUUGGGUUGUGGAGUGGAAUUGAGAAAAGGAUGGAGAGAUUACAAGGUUUGAGAGAUGGGUUUAUGCAGAAUUUGAUUGAGGAACGACGAAGGAUGAGAAGGGAUAAAGGAGAUGAAAUGAAAGAAUCCAGAGUAAUGGCGGAUGUUCUUUUGGAUUUGCAACAAACUGAACCUCACUAUUAUACGGAUGCUUUCAUUCGAGGCAUGAUGCAAGGGAUGCUAUCAGCAGGGACAGACACAUCAUCAGCAACAAUGGAAUGGGCAUUUUCACUACUACUCAACCACCCUAAUUCUCUCCUCAAAGUUCAAGAAGAAAUCGACACCCACGUGGGUCCAAACAGACUCCUUCAAGAAUCCGAUCUCUCAAACCUACCCUUCCUCAACUCUGUUCUCAAAGAGACCCUCCGCAUUUACCCAGUCGCCCCAUUGCUGGUUCCUCACGAGUCCUCCCAAGACUGCGUCGUUGGAGGCUUCCACGUGCCUCGCGGCACAAUGUUGCUUGUAAACAACUGGGCCAUUCAAAACGACAGUGAUUCAUGGCCGGACCCAGCAGAGUUUAAGCCGGAGAGGUUCCAGGAUGCAGGGGAAGUGGAGGAGGGGUUGCGGUGGCUGCCGUUUGGGGCGGGGCGGAGGGGUUGUCCCGGCGAGGGAUUGGCUAUGCGGAUGGUGGGGCUUACUUUGGGGUGUUUGAUUCAGUGUUUUGAGUGGCGGAGAGUGGGGGAGGAGAUGGUGGAUAUGAGCGAAGGCGGUGGCCUUACAAUGCCCAGAGCCAGACCAUUAUGGGCCAACUACAGGCCUCGCCCCAUUUUACUUCGACUUCUCCCCACCUUUUGACUCUGCCAUGAGAGGAAAAUUGAAGUUUAAACAAAACCUUUACUUUUGAUACCUCCAUUCCAUUCCUCAAGAAUUCUAUAAUUUCUUACCACCUACCACCUUAAUAGAAGAAGAAGCAUAUUUACUAGUAUAGGCUUUAAUUAUGAUUGAUUAA